AUGACUAUCGAGAGUCAUCCUACCGCUUCUGUCGAAAAGAACACCGAUCUUUUUGACACUCCAUUCCUUAGCGAGCAUUAUGAUCUUCUGCUCGCGGAUUACUUCAAAACGAAGCUGCUUGAUGUGCCUGUAUACUGGCAGCUAUUGAAGAAAUGCACCCAGCCCAAUCCGAUCCUCCUGGACAUUGGUACCGGCACUGGUCGGAUUAUAAGUGGCUUGAUAGCAGAGGCCAAACGCGAGAAGCUGGACAUCUCAAAUUGGACUUUCCUCGGAGUCGAUAUCUCGCAACACAUGUUGGAACGAGCAAAAACCGUUACCUCAAUCCCUCCGAAAAGCCCAACAGUGCAAUGGAUUAAGGGGUCCGCCCAAGAGCUUGAAAAACUUCCACCACUGUGCAAUGGCGCACAAAAAGUUGGCUUCAUACUCUUCUCUGCUGGUGCGUUCAGCCACCUCUACGAGAAAGGUCAGCCAGAGCAAUUUUUUUCGCAAGUCGCAAAAGUGAUUGAACCCCGGACCGGAAUGGCUUGCAUCUCCAUCGCAAAAUCCUUCAUGGUAACCGAGACUGGGAAGGAGUUUGCUUUACCUCAGAUCGAUGGACCAAAGCAGAUUGAGAGCAAAAUAUUCCCGGGAGUGAUCUACGAGAAUAGAAUAUUGUCCAACGAGACAGACGGUAACAUCUUGACCGAGAAGCGGAUCAUUGAUGUCAUGCGAAAGGAUGACGGGCAAGAGAAAGUUAUUGAGCGAAACCAUGUCUCCAGUAUGUUCAGACUUUGGAGUCGAGAAGGCUUCACCAAAAUGGCCACUCAUUUCGGGUUUGAAAUCACGGACUUGAUGGAGGGAACUGAGGAGACCUACUUCACACUGCAACUAAAGCAGUAG